GCCACGGGGGAAAUAGGGAGAAGUCAAGUAGAGAUUCUGCUUGCUUUUAUCCAAAGGGAGUGUAGACAGAGAUUGUGUGGUGAUGUCCAUCACAUUUUAAUUAGACUGUGGGUAAAGGGUUAAGUCUACAGGUUCUUCCUUUUCAAGAAUGUCUGACACAGAACACAAACAUACAAACACCUGUAAGACAGGCAGAGUGAAACAUUUUUCUACUAGAAUUCAAAAGGAAAAUUGCAUAAUGUCUUGCUUUUAUAGUUGGGCACAGCCUUGAUAUCCAGUUUCUUAUUUUCUGCUGACUUUUAAUAGGGUAAUUUCUUCAAUCGUGAAGACAGUGCUCCUGGACAGUUUUCUCAAUCCCAAGAAGAGGUUUUGGCCGGUGAUACAGCAUCUCUGGGUCUCAUACCAGAGACAAAGUUUCACCCACUUCAUACAGCAUGGAUUGCUAUUUUACAGCUGUUCCUCUUCAUUGCCUAUGAAACCAUGCAAUUUAUAGUUCCUAAUGGACACCUAAUGCAUCAUGUUUCUUUAUCACUUGGAGGUACAGAUCCUCCAUUCAGCUUCCUGGUCGUGGUACAUGUUGGGUUAUGGGUCAUCAUAUUUGUCUCAGACAGAGUUUUACAGCAUCUGCAUCACCAGUCUCAAGCAAAAGGCUACUUGGAAUUCUUCCGGGAGACUAAGGAAUUGAGGAGAAUUCCAUAUGCCAUUUUAUCAAUAGGAAAUGCUGUGCUGUUGAUUAUAUUUGCCGUCAUAGGUCACGACGCUAAAAGGUCUAACAGGGGUGGCCUGGCACUAUACAAUAUUCUGCAGAUUAUAUUCACUGUUGAGUUCCUUGAUAGAAACACGGAAAACCUUGUCUUCUGUACACUGAAUGCCUCGAGUAUCCAAAUAAUUACAGCGUCACCUGUAACUUGGUACUUAUGUUUUCUGUAUUUUCUCCUAACAGUAAAAGUUCUCAAGUUCAAUAGAAGAAGACCUCUUCCAGAUGCCGAAGACUCAGACUUCCAGAACACUUACCUCGGCAACGGCAUAUCAAACUCAGUAACUGUGACAGGAUACAGGGACAAUGAUUACUUAGACGAAGUCCUGGAAAAACAAGCGGACAUGAUUCGUUAUCUGCAGCAACACAAUGCCAACCUGGGAAAACGGCUUAUGAAGCUCACUGCACAGCAAAGCCGGAGCAGCCUGAAUACAAUGUUAUUUGAGAAUGAAGUUUGAUAAAAAUGGUUUCACAAAAUUUCCCUUCCUUUCCGCCUUUAGUCGACUAAACAGAGACUCUUUAGGCUCGUCACGCAAUCUUUCAUCCGAGUUCGUGACUAUCUCGCCCAGUGAAUUAACAAACGUCUGACUACGUGCGCCCAAUUCGUUUUCCGGUCGAAGAGCUCCUGAGAUCCGACAAUGAAGUUUCCUUACUGUUGACCUAGCCCUGGAGAAAUCCUUGUACAACCUUCUCUCCCAGGGUCCUUCAUCUUAAGGAGCCACGUGCUUCUCGAAAAUAUUGGUCAGUCGCAAUCCCUACAUCAGAAAGAAGUAGUGUUCCGGCUCCAAUGUGCAAAAAUUGUCCUCGAGCUGAAAGAAACCACACGAAAAAAAAAGUCGGGAGCUUAUCAUCAACCGGACUCUUAAUAGGAAACAAAUGUGGUUAAGAAUUGGUUGAGGUGCUCCAACUGAUUAGUUUUUUACGAUUACGGUCUUGAAAGCUUGAAGCGAAAGGGUAUAACGUGCACUUUGUGUGUACAAUUUUUGAUUUGCAGCGACUGUGGUUAAAUUAAGUCACGCACAUGACCUCACGUAAAUUUUUGCGGAAACGGAAAAUCGCACACUUUACAGUGAGUAAGCACACAAAGAAAGAAA